UCUAUCUACCUUUCUCUCUCUCUCUCUCUCUAUCCUCGACGAAUAAAACUGGGUUGGAAGAAAAUUUUUGCUUCUUUUCCUAGUUGUAAAGAACCUUCCUGCGAGGUCAACAAUAACAAUAACUUGACCCCGCUUUGAAUCCUCCAUUCCAUGCCUUGUCUUUCUUUAGGGUUUGAAGGCUGGUGGUCAAAUAUGAAGGCACCGACUGUUUUAGUUUUUGUUUACUAAGAUCCUGUUUUUGUUUUUCUUUAGAGCCUCAGCAAUCUGGAAUUGAAGGUAGGUCAGGCAUAAUUCCAUGGAGUUGAUGCAAGAAGUUAAAGGUAAUUAUUCGGAUAGCAGGGAAGAAGAGGAGGAAGAGGAAGCAGCAGAGAUCAUCACAAUCGCAAGAGAAGCAGAAAGCAGCAGGUUACACCACCAAGAUGCAGCAGCAGCAUCCAAUUUCAGAAAGCAGCUAGACUUGAUGGACCUGUCGCUGGGGAGCAACAAGGAAGAGGAAGAAGAAGAAGCCAAUCUGCAACAAGGAGCAGGAGGAGGAGUUGCCCAUCAUCAUCAACAGCAUCAACAUCAUCAUCAUCAUCAUAACGCACAUGCCCAUGCCACUUGUUCAUCCUCGAACGCAAAAGAGGUGGUGGAGAAAGAGCACAUGUUUGACAAAGUGGUGACACCGAGCGAUGUAGGGAAGCUGAACAGGCUGGUGAUACCAAAGCAGCAUGCAGAGAAGUACUUCCCCCUCGACUCCUCCUCAAACGAGAAGGGGUUACUCCUCAAUUUCGAAGACCGAAACGGAAAGGUGUGGCGGUUCAGGUAUUCCUAUUGGAACAGCAGCCAGAGCUAUGUGAUGACAAAGGGGUGGAGCCGUUUUGUGAAGGAGAAGAAGCUCGACGCCGGUGACAUCGUCUCCUUCCAACGCGGCCUCGGAGAUUUGUAUAGACAUAGGUUGUACAUAGACUGGAGGCGAAGACCUGAUCAUGCCUCUGACCCUUCACACUCCCCUUUGUUUCUUCCCUCUAUCAGAUGGGGUCCUAGAUUCUACUCUCUCCCUUCUCAGCCCCCUAUCAUUCCACCUCGCUACCAUGAUCAUUUCCACCACCUCAAUUACAACAACACCUUCACUUUUCAGCAGCAGCAGCAGCAGCACCAGCACCAGCACUACCUUGGUGCUUCUCAUCACAACCACUAUGGUGAGCUCAAUUCGGGAUCUGGGUCGCUCUAUUACCUGAGGUCCUCCAUGUCAACGGGCGCUGAUCAAAACUUGCCUGAGAGAGGGAACAACAUUGUCCCCAUGAUCAUUGAUUCUGUUCCCGUUGCUCAUCACCAUCACCAUGGCCAUGGGGGCAUCAUGAGUGGCGCUGCUACUGCUAGUGGUAAUAGUAAUACUCCAACUGGUGGAAAACGGCUGAGGUUAUUUGGGGUGAACAUGGAAUGUGCUUCUUCGGCAGAUGAUUCAAAAGGCUUGUCCUCGGCUUCGGCAUCACAUGUGGCAGUGCCUAAUUCAUCACUUCCCUCUUCUUCUCUUCAGCGCUUGAGGGUGUCCCAUGAAGACCCACUUUCUUCUUCGGCCAGGUUUGGGGAUCAGAGAGGCGGUACUAAUUCCAUGUUUGAUUUGGAUCCAUCUUUGCAAUAUCGGCAGUGAUCAAAUAAAUUAAACAAGAGCCACAAAUAAUGAACGAAGAAGAUUUAGUUUCCAAGUUAGUUGGGCUAGCUACGCUCUCUUUUGCAGAAUUUUUAUUUAGUUUCUUUUUCCUAUUUCACUCAUCAUCGGCUACAAAGGAAAGAGCUCCCAAACUUUCUUUCUAUUCUUCUUCUUCUCCUUCUUUUAAUCAGUAUUUAGUAUAAAUUAGCAUUUGAACUUGUUGGUGCGUUUUAAACUGCUGAAAGCGUUAAUUAGCUGGGGAUUCGAGUCUUGAAGAAAUGAUAAAUCGUUUCACGACCGAGAGACCGAAUGAAAUCUCCGUUAGACCUUUCAA